AUGGAGGUUCGGUACGGCCAGGAGCAGGAGCCGGGCAUGAUGCUGAAGAACGGGCUGAAGGAGGGAGCCAAGGAAGGGGGCAAGGAGAUGCAGGGCAGCCUCUGCUCCUCCACCAAGAGCUUCCUGAAGGACACCCAGGAGUCCUCCUUCUCCCCCUCUUCCACAGCCUCCGACACCUGUGAGAAGAGCCGCACGGCCACCGGGGACCCCGACUACUGCCGCAGGAUACUGGUGAGAGAUGCUAAAGGGUCGAUCCGGGAGAUUAUUCUGCCGAAGGGUCUGGACCUGGACCGGCCAAAGCGUACCAGAACCUCCUUCACGGCGGAGCAGCUGUAUCGCCUGGAGAUGGAGUUCCAGCGGUGCCAAUACGUAGUGGGCCGCGAACGCACCGAGCUUGCCAGGCAGCUCAACUUGUCCGAAACUCAGGUAAAGGUGUGGUUCCAAAACCGACGUACCAAGCAGAAGAAGGACCAGGGCAAGGACACGGAGCUGCGCUCGGUGGUGUCCGAGACGGCCGCCACCUGCAGCGUGCUGCGUCUGCUGGAGCAGGGCCGCCUGCUGACCAACCCGGGGCUGCCGGGACUGCUGCCCCACUGCGGAUCCGCUCUCAGAGGCCCCUCCCUGGGCCUGGCCAGUUCCGGUUCCGGAAGCGUGGGCAGCACCACGGCCAGCACCAGCCCCCCUCUGCCGCCGGUCACCAGCGCCGCAGCAGCCGCCGUCACGGGGUUACAGGGCGCCGGUUCAACGCCCCACUCACACCCCCACCACCCGCCGCACCCCCACCCGGGCAUCUUCGGCUUCCCCAUGCCCUCGCUGCUGGGCACGGUGGCUAGCCGCAUGUCCUCCAACCCCCUGGGCAUGGCGGGCUCGCUGGCCGGCAACCUCCAGGAACUCUCGGCCCGCUACCUGAGCUCGUCUGCCUUCGAACCCUACUCGCGGACCAAUGGCAAAGACACCCUGGACAAAAAGGCGCUGGAAUGA